AUGUCGAGAAUUCGGUAUGAUUGGUCCAAGCUUUGUCCCGAUCUUUUGGUAUCGAUCCUCGAAGGCUUAGGCACUAAUGAUUUUCAUCGAGCGAGAACGGUUUGCUCAGACUGGUACUCCGUUUCCAGAACAUGUAUGCGACCUCUGUAUCCAUGGCUGAUCCUAUUCAGUAAGCAUUCUACUUUGUUUCUCGAUCCCGGAAAAGACGAGAUUCACGAAAUAGAACAUCCUGGAGUCGACUUUUUAAGUAGCUAUGUUAUGGCUAGUUGCAGCAACUGGCUCCUGAUUGCUGAUUCUCGUCAAGAUUUGUAUCUCUUGAAUGUGUUUACUCGCGAGAGGAUCGAUCUCCCAUCGAUGGAUUCAGCGCUUCUUGGUCACUCUAGAUUCCAACGAAAAGAAGAGUGGAAACAUUUUAUUAACCUAACCCCUUCAAAUAUAUCGGCUUGUCUUUGGAUGAACGAGAGAACAGGGGAAUAUGUAGUAGCCUGGAGUUUCAAGAAACAUUACUUGUUUUCAUACAAGAGAGGAGAUGACUCCUGGUGUGAUAUUCAAGGCACAUCGUGUGAAUCUAUGGCGUAUAAGAACAAAAAGCUCUACGUGUAUACAUCUGAUGGUUACAUCAAGAUUCUUGAUAUUUCUGGAGAUUCCCCACAUGAGAUCUUGGAAGGUAACCCGUAUCUUUGUAGUCGUUUUUGCUUUGUUUCGCAACCUGUGUGGAGGAGGAGAGUAGCAAUUACGAACUCUGGAGAGGUUUUGAUAGCUCUAAGCUUAAAAGGUUUAAAAGAAGAGAAAGGUUUGUUUUACAUCUUCAAGAUGAAUGUUAGAAAUGGAAAAUGGGAAAGAGUAGAUUCUCUUGGUGGUGAAAUGUUGAUAUUUGGUCAUGGGCUCACAAUAAGAGCCCCGGUCAAAGUGAUAGAUGGUGAGGGAAUCAAGAGUGAUUCAGUCUGUUUCAUGGGUGAUGAUCUUUGGCCAGGUCAAGAUUAUUUUAAUACCAACAGACGAACUAAAUGCGGUGUAUUCGAUCUUGCGAAAAGUAGCAUCACAUGGCCUAAAACAUUAGAUGAUUCGUUCUUGAAGAGUUCCUGGUUUGUUCCUGGACAUGCUUAG